GAAUUCGGGCCAAUCAGCGUCAAGAGGUGUGACGACGUCAGGGGUACAGAUUUUUGCGCGAGGCUGCUCAGGUUGGCGGGUUCAGCACACACAAGAACUUGAGUGUGGGUCCUCAACUGAGCUCUUCUAUCACACAAAGUUCUAGUGGAACUGUUGGUGGCAGCAUCUCAGCAAACAUGGCAAACAUUGGAGACAUCCAAGUUAAGGAGCUGAACAAGCGUGCUUCAGGCCAGGCAUUUGAGCUCCUCCUGAGCCCCUCCUCCUCUGACAUCAAAACGCAGUUUCCACUGUCCCCGCUCAAAAAGAAGGAAAUAUCACUGGAUGAGAUUUUGCGGAAACUGGAGGCUGCAGAUGAGCGACGCAAGAACCAUGAGGCAGAAGUACUGAAAAACCUGGCCGAGAAACGAGAGCAUGAGAAGGAAGUGAUUCAGAGGGCCAUUGAUGAAUGCUACAACUUUAGCAAGAACACCCAAGAGAAGCUUACUCAAAAGAUGGUGGCUGCGGAGGAAAGACACAAGAUCCAUGAGGCAGAAGUAAUGAAAAACUUAGCUGAAAAAAGAGAGCGCGAAAAGGAGGUGCUCCAGCGGGCCAUCGAUGAAGGCUGCAACUUCAGCAAGACCACUCAGGAGAAGCUUAAUCAGAAAAUGGAGGCUGCAGAAGAGAGACACAAGAGCCACGAGGCUGAAGUAUUGAAACAAUUGGCUGAGAAACGAGAGCACGAAAGGGAAGUGCUCCAGCGGGCUAUUGACGAAUGCUGCAACUUUAGCAAGACCACUAAAGAGAAGCUCAAUCAGAAGAUGGAGGCCAACCAAGACAACCGCAACGCGCGAAUGGCUGCCCUCGAUAAGAAACUCAAGGACAAGGACAAGAAGAUUGAAGAAUUGAAGAAAACGAGGGUCUGAUGAGCAAAAGGGAUCAAUAUUUUUUUCAUACAGUUCCUCAGUGAGCAUUUUUCCUUAACAUUAUUGCUGUACUAGUGUGACUUCAAGAGUUAGUGACCUUGUUGCAUGAGUAGAUUCAUAUGGCAGCUGAAUACACUGUAGUCUGAGGUGUAAGGGAUAUUUUUCUAUUUAGAGGCAUUAUAACCAGUAAACUGGUCCAUUAUAUUCUGCGCUUUUGAUAUAUUUUUCCAAAGGUAGGUACUGUCUAUAUCCUCAUCUUUUUGUACCUUGAUUGACCUUUUUUGUAUUCCUCCAUUGUUACCAGUAAACUUAAUAUGAAUGGA